GCUGAGCAACUUGGUAACACUGCAAGAAGCGACACGGCAGCAAAAUAAAUAUCAAUUCAGUUUACUGAUAAUUCUUGGUUAAAUACUCGCAAAUCCAAAAUGGACAAGGUUGUCAAAUUCGCCGAACCCGGACGCGCCUUCGCCAAGGACUCCAUCCGCCUGGUGAAGCGUUGCACGAAACCCGACCGCAAGGAGUUCCAGAAAAUCGCCAUCGCCACCGCCGUGGGCUUCGCCAUCAUGGGCUUCAUCGGCUUCUUCGUCAAGCUGAUUCACAUUCCCAUCAACAACAUCAUCGUGGGAUCCUAGAGAUCGGCAGGUGGCCCCCGGACCGGAAAGAGAUUACAUGUAGUUCACGAUUCCACGCGCAUCUUUAGCGAAAUAAAAGCCCCUUCUUCGAUUAUACACACACAAUA